AUGGAAGUAGACACUAAUACCACAACUACACCACUUGAUAAUAUCACUAAUGACGUUUAUACUACAGUAUCUUCUUCACUAGAUACUAAUACCACCACCACCAACAACACUAUCAACACAGGUUCGUCAUCCUCCUCCUCAUGUACAACAACCUUACCACCAAGGAAAAGAGCUAAAACUCAAGAAGAAAAAGAGCAACGUAAAAUUGAACGUAUAUUGAGAAAUAGAAGAGCAGCCCACGCUUCAAGGGAAAAGAAGAGGAGACAUGUCGAAUACCUUGAAGUUUAUGUGGUUAAAUUGGAGGAGAAUUUACAAAAGUUGUCUACUGGCUAUCAACAUUUGUUGGAUAAAUUGUCACCUCAAGACCAAACCUCUAUUGAAGAGUUGGGAUUGCAAGAUGUUUCUGAAUUGAAGAAUCAAAUCCAUCUGAAUUUGAGUGGUUCUAGAAGAGGGGGAAGUAGCAACAACAAUAGUCGUAAAGGUGAUCACGAAGAUGAUGACGAAGAAGUGGAGGGGGACGAUGAUGAAGAGAAUGAAUUGGAAGAAUCACGAUCACAACACGAGUCUUUGCCUGAUGUUGAUAUAAAAGUGGAGCCACAAUUACAACCACAAUCACAAUCACCACCUUCUAAAAAGAGAAAAUACUCGAAGAAGGAGAAACCUACUACCACAUCCACCCCUCCAUCAUCAACUAGAAGUUCAUCGUUGACUUCUUCACCUGUCCAUAUUAAAAUUGAAGAAGGAGAAGAACAUCAGCAGCAAAAAGAGUUUAAAAACAACAACGAAAACUCACUACAACCACAAGCAAUGAAUGAUAAAACUUUUUACAACUACUUGUCGCCAAUCAGUAUACAUUCAUCAGCUAGUUCUCCUAUGGACUUCACAUUGACUAGUAAAUCAGAUUUCAAUGACUUUGCAUUUGGUGAAGUUAAACCAGAGGAGGAGGAGGAUACCAAAUCACUUGAAAAUACCUCACCCAACACUAACCCUCAAAUUACAUCAUCACAUGAAGAUUACACUCAACCACAAUCCCAACAACAGCCACAACCAUCAUCAGCAUCAACAACAGAAGUUAGCACUCAAGAUUCAAACUUGUCAUUAUAUGAACUGGGGCAAAAUUCAGCAGUAAUUUUGUCUAUAGAAGAAGAAAAGCAACUACCUCAAAGCACAUUGGUGGAUAUAUUGGAAAAGGAAAAUAGAAUACAUCUGGCCGUUGCCGUUUAG